AUGGAGGACACACGAACAUUCAGAGAUGGAGAUGUUUCUCCAGGAUGUAGUGAAUUUCAGGAGGACAGAUCAAACUCAUCAGAUCCCAGCUGUGUGUCCAUGAAGAGUGACUGGUCUAUGGAUAAACUAUUACGCUUUCAGGGAAGACCCAUAUCAACUGAUCUGAGCGACAGAUCAGUCUCAGAGCCCAGUUGGGUGUCCAUGCAGAGUGACCGGUCUAUGGGGAAAAACCAGUCAAAUUUGAGGGAAGACACACACCACCUUCGUGACUCUCAACUGGACCAGAGCAGAUUCAAAUCAAAUCUGCUGAAGAAGUUUGAGCAUCUGUAUGAAGGAACAGGGACGCAGGGAAACCCAACUCUCCUGAAUGAGAUCUACACAGAGCUCUACAUCACAGAGAGUGAGAGUGGAGAGAUCAAUAAUGAGCAUGAGGUGAGACAGAUUGAGACACAAUCCAGGAGAGCAGCAACAGAGGACACAGCCAUCAAAUGCAAUGACAUCUUUAGACCUUUACCUGGACAAGACAAAGCCAUCAGAACUGUGCUGACAAUGGGAGUUGCUGGCAUUGGAAAAACCGUCUCUGUGCAGAAGUUGAUCCUGGACUGGGCUGAAGGGAAAAAGAAUCAGGACGUCCAGCUCAUAUUUCCACUUCCUUUCAGAGAAAUCAACUUGAUUAAGCACAAAACACUCAGUCUUUCAGAUCUUCUUCAUUUAUUUUUCCCUGAAACUAAAAAAAUGGAAAUAUCCAGUGACGAAUAUAAAGUGUUGUUCAUCUUUGAUGGUCUGGAUGAGUGUCGUCUGUCUCUGGACUUUAAGAGUAAAGUGAAACUGUGUAAUAUAUCUCAAUCAGCCUCAGUGGACUUGCUGCUGAUGAACCUCAUUGUGGGGAAUCUGCUUCCCUCUGCUCUCAUCUGGAUCACCUCCAGACCAGCAGCAGUUGAUCUUGUCCCCUCUGAGUGUGUCCAUCGAGUGACAGAGGUACGAGGCUUCAAUGAUCCACAGAAGGAGGAAUACUUCAGGAAGAGAAUCGGUGAUCAGAGUCUGGCCGACAGGAUCAUCUCACACCUGAAGUCAUCAAGGAGCCUCUACAUCAUGUGCCACAUCCCAGUGUUCUGCUGGAUCUCAGCUGCUGUUCUGGAGAAGAUGUUGAGUCGAGCAGAGAAUGGAGAGAUUCCCAAGACUCUCACUCAAAUGUACACACACUUCCUGAUCCUUCAAACCAACAUCAAACAUGAGAAGGACUAUGAGAAGACAGUCAAAGAUGAAGAUAUGAUCCUCAAACUGGGGAAACUGGCUUUUGAACAGCUUGCAAAAGGAAACCUGAUCUUCUAUGAGGAAGACCUGAGAGAGUGUGGCAUUGAUGAGACAGAAGCAGCAGUGUACUCAGGAUUUUGCACUCAGAUCUUCAGAGAGGAGGCAGGCUUGUAUCAGGGGAAAGUUUUCUGUUUUGUUCAUCUGAGCAUCCAGGAACAUCUAGCAGCUCUAUAUGCACAUGUCUCCUUUACAAAGAACUACAUAAAUGUGUUUGACCAAACCAAACAAAGUAUCUUUACCAAAGUUUUAAAGCAGAUGAAAUAUAAUUCCAUAUCUCAUUUGCAUAAGAGAGCUGUAGAUGAAGCUUUAAGGAGUAAAAAUGGACAUUUGGACCUUUUCUUGCGUUUUCUUCUGGGUCUUUCAUUGGAGUUCAAUCAGACUCUCUUACGAGAACUUCUGACACAGACAGGAAGCUGCUCCUACAACAAAGAGGAAACAGUUGAGUUUAUCAAACAAAAGAUCAGGGAGAAUCACACUUCAGAGAGAUCCAUCAAUAUGUUCCACUGUCUGAAUGAACUGGGAGAUGAUUCACUGAUUCAGGAGAUCCAGGAUUAUCUGAGAUCUGGACAAAUAGGAGAAACCAAACUCUCCUCUUCACAGUGGUCAGCUCUGGUUUAUGUGCUGCUGACAUCAGAGCAGAAGAUGGAUGAUAUUAAUCUGAAACAGUUUAUUGGAGCCCAAAAUACAGCAGAUGAAGUUCUUCAGAAGCUGCUGCCUGUGAUUAAAGAAUCCAGAUCAGUUCAGUUGAGUUAUUGUGGAGUCACAGAUGAAGGUUGUGCUGCUCUGGCUUCAGCUCUGAGAUCAAACCCCUCACACCUGAGAGAACUGGAUCUGAUUGGAAAUAAACUGGGAGCAUCAGGAGUGAAGCUGCUCUCUUAUCUACUGAAGGAUACUCACUGUACACUGGAGACAUUGUGGUUGAGUGAUUGUGGAGUCACAGAUGAAGGUUGUGCUGCUGUGGCUUCAGCUCUGAGAUCAAACCCCUCACACGUAAGAGGACUGAGUCUGUCUGGAAAUAAACUAGGAGUAUCAGGAGUGAAGCUGCUCUCUGAUCUACUGAAGGAUCCUUGCUGUAAACUGGAGACGUUGAGGUUGAAGGAUUGUGAAGUCACAGAUGAAGGUUGUGCUGCUCUGGCUUCAGCUCUGAGAUCUAACCCCUCACACCUGAGAGAUCUGAAUCUGUCUGUAAAUAAACUGGGAGCAUCAGGAGUGAAGCUGCUCUCUGAUCUACUGAAGGAUCCUCGCUGUAAACUGGAAACACUGUGGUUGUAUAAUUGUGGAGUCACAGAUGAAGGUUGUGCUGCUCUGGCUUCAGCUCUGAGAUCAAACCCCUCACACCUGAGAAAACUGGACCCUUCUGGAAAUAAACUAGGAGUGUUAGGAGUGAAACUGAUCUCUGGUCUACUGAAGGAUCCUCGCUGUAAACUGGAGAAACUCUG